CCUCUCCGGCUUCGCGGAGCGUGUGUGGGGUCGCGUGUGAGCUUGCCGUCUGAGCGGCAUGCGUUUCUUCUCCCUGACGCCUUCUGAACUCGCGAGUCUCUCGCAGAGCGUUCCCUCACAACGGUUUCUCUGCGCGAAGGCACGCAGUGUGGAGUCGACGCCCGCAGCUCUCCACAGCUUCCCUCACAUCUGGCAGGGGGGCGACAAGGAGAAAAAGGAGAGGCUUUCGAGGCGAGAUCCUCUUUCCGGCGCGCAAAGGCGAAUGCAGAGAGUCCGAGCAGGCCUUCCUUUCCGUUAUCUUCAGCAUGCGAGGCUCUGCGCCGGGAGCAGCUCCUCGAGAGCGAACUCCCCACACCUCGCCCGUACUUGCAGUUCGAAGCGCUGCGACUUGCAAGAGAAAACGCUCACACGACAUGAAGAAAAUCGAAGCGGCAACGUCUUUCUCAAAGGAUCCGUCGACUUGCAGACAAUUGAUGGAGGCGAAAGGCAAAGGAGUUCCGGGAACGAGGAAACACAGAGUUCAGCGCUCUUCUGCCAUGUCUCGAUCAGUGGCCAGGAACAGCUUAGACGCUGUCUGCGGGGGAGCCUCUGACAGGAACAGUCCGGAGAUGUUUUCAGCGCCUCCAUGCUUCGCUUCUUCCACGCCGGCUUCCAGUCAUGCAGCUCUCUCUGCUGGAGAGUCGACCGAUCCCUCUCAAGGCCUCUCGUCCCGUUUGGAGGCCUGGCAAGGACGACGGAGAGCGAAGAAAAGGAAACUCAACUCCUCUUUCGACAGCGAGCUCGCCGGCGAGGUCCCCGACGCCUGGGAGAAGACGCGUCUCGCGUUCGAUUUGCCAGCCCAUCUUCACAGAGCGAAGCCUUCUGUCCCGCCUUCUCUUGCCUGUCUCAUGGCAGAAGCCUUGGCUGAUCACCUCUUCGCCUCCUCGGCCUUCUGGACUCGAUUCCUCGACUUCGGGACUCAGUCACAGAGCCGCGUUCUCCCGCAGACUGUGUGUGUGCGAGAGCUGGCGGCGAAAGGAGAAACGAAAGACGCGGCCGAGGCAAAACGGUACGGCAAAGACCGAGCAGCGGUUGCGGCGGUUCCGGAGGAGAAAGUCGACGAAAACGAGGCAACUCAAGAGAACGCACCGACGCGGGACGUUCCUUUGGCAGACGCCGUAGCAGAUAAAGGCAAGGGGACCUCGCCGAGCUUCGGAUCUGACCGCUCACGCUCUUCGUCGCCUUCUUUCGCCUCCCUGUCGCCCGCUUCGACACCAGCGGCUUCUCCACGAGCUUCGCUACUCUCUCUGUCUCAUGGUCCUGGGCAGCGGGAGCCGACGAACUGGGAGGAGACACAGCCGCGGUGUUCUCGAAGGCACAGCGACUCACAUCUCCUUGCGAUGGGCGCGAUCAAAGCCGUGGACAACGCUCUGAGAGCCGGCGGACGCGGCUUACUCUUCCCCUCUCCCCUCGCGCCUCCCUUCUGCCUCAGCGCCCCGCAUCCCCCUACCCCCAGGGACUUCCAGGUCGCGCGCUGCUACCAGAGAAGCCUUGCAAAUCACCUGCGUCUCUUGGCUCUCGAGUUCUGCGAACAAGAGAGAGAACAAGCGGAGGAGAGGGAGCAAGAGGAAGAGAGAGAGCCAGAGGAAGAGAGGGAGCCAGAGGAAGAGAGAGAGCCAGAGGAAGAGAGAGAGCCAGAGGAAGAGAGAGAGCCAGAGGAAGAGAGGGAGCCAGAGGAAGAGAGAGAGCCAGAGGAAGAGAGGGAGCCAGAGGAAGAGAGAGAGCCAGAGGAAGAGAGAGAGCCAGAGGAAGAGAGAGAGCCAGAGGAAGAGAGGGAGCCAGAGGAAGAGAGAGAGCCAGAGGAAGAGAGAGAGCCAGAGGAAGAGAGGGAGCCAGAGGAAGAGAGAGAGCCAGAGGAAGAGAGAGAGCCAGAGGAGGGGAAAGAACAAGAGGAAGAGGGAAAAGGAAAGCAAGGAAAGAAUCACGUCGGCGAGGAAGGAAGUCAUUUCGGGGAUCAGCGGGAGGAUGCUGAGAAGGCGGAGGGUCGGGGCGAGGCACCGGAAGACCUUCGAGACACGGAUUGGCGCAAAGAGGAAAACGAGACAGGGAAGCAAGCGAUGGAGGUCGAUGUUCUUUUUGAAGGUUCGCACGCUCCUGAAAGGCCUUCCGCUUCGAAUGGCGAGAUGUCUCUGUCGGUAGCUGUCUCUGGGAGAACAAAGAGCGCGACGCCAUUCUCCAUUUCCUCCAGGUCUGGGGAGUCUCCUGUCUCCGUUGACGAGACAAAACGAGGCCAGCAUGAUCUGUGGUACAGACGCUACUUGGGUCGCCGCCCUGGUUUGUAUGAGGUGGUCGGCAGCGACGAGGCCAGGCGAGAAGGUCCCGCGUUCCCUCUCUGGAAAGUUGUUUUCUGUGAACUUGAUAAGUCGGCAUGGAUCUCCUCUCUAAGAGAGGCGUCGCCGUGUCGAAAGGCGACGACGUCCUCAAAAAAAGUGGACUCUCAAUGUCUCGUUUCCAAUGCCCUGAAGCUGCUGAGGGCGGCGACCGCCCACUCAGAACAGUUCAGCGUGUACGAGACAGAUCGACGAGAGACAGGCACUGCAAAUUUCUCUCCGCCUGUCUCGAGUUCUGCGUCCAACGGCAGAGAGAUGAGCGACCAGCAGGUGUAUCUGGCUGGUGAUAAGAGCGCAGCGUCGGAGACACUCGAAGGCGAAUCGAGGAAGGCGCUUGAAGAGUCGAGCGACAGCUUCAUGCAGCGACCGCGUUCCCAAGACAGCCAAGGAGCUUCCACGACAACUCCCUUUUUCCUUCCUUCGCCUCCUGUGCUUCGCGUCGCGCUUUUUUCUCUCGUUCAGCGCCUCUGGCCGACGCCUCAAGGCGAGGAAACUCCCUCGCCUGUCGCCGCCUUCGUCUCCGCCCUGCAGGCGUGGUUGUGCGCCCUAGGAGACAUGAGAGGCUCAGGUGAGGAGGCUGCGCUGUGCAUGAAGUCGACAGGUGAGAGAACGAGCGUCUCCGGAAGCUGCGUGUGUGCGUUUGCGCCAGCGCAUGCAUCUGUGCUUUUCAGCUCCAACCGAACCGGUUUGGCUGGGAAAGGCGACAGCGACAGACGCGCGAGGCUCGAGGAGUCUAGGGUGCACCUGGAACUCACCCGGCAAGCACUCGUGGAAGAAAUGAGAGCCUGCGCCGCAAUUCUGUCUCGUUCCCAGGAAUGCGUCUGGGACCUUCAGGUUCUCCGCGAAGCUGAAAGAAGGCCACAGCGGACAGAGUCCACCGAGGGAGAACCGCCCGCGCGCGGCAUUCCGGUCUCGGCGCAGCAGAGGGAACGCGGCAGAGGAAAAAUGGUGAAGGACGGCGACGAAGCAGAGGAUCCAGGCAAGUGGCGAAUGGCUAGACAUGAAGGAGAAGUCCGCGACCCAAUUCAGACAGGGGGAAGGACCCCUGUGUGCUGUGGUUUCUCUGACGCACUCGGCGACAGCGAAGUUCCAGCCGAGAGAGACGGCAACGAAACACUGCGCGACGCAUCAUCCAGUCUCGGCGCUUCUCCAUCCCCGGACGACGGCUUUUUUCGAGGCGAGGACGCAGGACGAGGUGUGUCUUCUCGGCCGGAUCACGCCUCGCCCCCAGAGGGCGCUUUUAGGGACGAGGUGCCGUUCAGUGGAAAAGACGACGGCGACGGAUACCGUGAGUUCUUCUCGGAGAACGGGAGGUGCAGCCCAGAUUCGAAGCUCGACGAAGCCUUCUGCCGCGCCGCCAGAGACGUUCUGCUGCUGGAGGCGCUCCUGCGUAUCCCGGUGGCAAGCGUCUCACGAGAAAGGCGGGAAGAGAUUCUCGACUGCGAGAGGACUCUGAGGCAGAUCGAGAACAGUCUGAGGAACGAAGAAGAAGAAGACGCAGAUCCGCUAGAGGGUCUGCUCGCCGCCCUCAGUUUCAGUCGCGACCUCGAGGAACGACGAGUGACCAGUGCCCUGGUUUUUGGGAUGCACGCGACUUCGAGCUCGCAACGGGAGUCCUGCGAGGCGGCGAGAGACCAUCCAGAAGGCGAGGCAGACGAAAAGGAAAACGCAUACGCGAACGCAGGAGCAGAAAACGAAGCUGCGAGCCGCGGGUCUCGGCCUCCCGCUCCCGCUGUGAGUGCUGAGGCAGAGACUUUGACGGAACUCAGAGGAGAAGGGAGAAACGCAGACAAAGUCUCGACGCGAAACAAAAGAGAGCCUGAAGGAACAGGGCGCACAACGCGAAGCAGGUCGAAGGCCGAGUGCGUCGACGAGGCGCAUGUUAUGUCUCCGCGAAUCGCCGAAUCGCCCCUGGUCACAAGCUCACCCUGGAAAACAACGGACAAGAACGAAACUGCCACAGAAGGCAGCCGUGGCGAGGAAGAAGGAGAAGAGGAGCGUGAAGCAUUUGAGAAGGAGAGCGAGUCAAGUCGAAGGAUGCGAGGAGUGAAAAAAGAGGUUGAACGAACAUAUGCUGGGUUUUUUGAACCAAACUGGGUGUCGCGGUACCUCGACGACGUUCGUCGUCUCCUUCAGCAAGCAGCCAAAGACUUGUGCAUCUACAUCACUUUCAUCUGCGAGCACUGUCUGCCCGAAAGCCACUUCAGUACUUGGUAUGCGCACUGGGUAGGCCUCCGUAGCUACCACGAACUGCAUGCGCAGCUCGCCAGAGAGCGCGGGGAGCUCGACGCUGCACUCGCACAUCUCGAGAAGCAGCUGGAGGAGACGCAAGAUGCAGAUGACGAGGAAGCGGUGGACUCAUGGGGACGGACGGACUGCGAAGACGAGAGCGAGGCGGAAGGCGUAGAGUCUCCCUGGCAAAGAGGGAAAAGACGAGAUGAAGGAGGUGCCUGUCAGUCGUCGCAGCCGCUUCGACCCGGCGGUGUGGGCGUGAGAGGCCUGAGAGAAGGGAGACACUUGGAGACACUUGAGAGGGAACGCAGAGGCGAAGGCGAGACCCGCACCCAGAACAGCAAACAAUACAUGGAAGGCUGGCGAGAACUCAGCGAGGCAGGUGCUCAGAGGCGAGGGCAGCAAGAGAGGAGAGGCACUCUGCAUGUAGAGAAGCAUGUUUCUGAUUCUGUCUCUCCCUUGGUUGUCGCGUCCGUACAAGACGCGCCAAGAGGCAGAGCGGGCAACGAAGGGAUUCACACUCAUGGAUGCAGUGUCCAGGACUACCUGGCACUCAACAACGCCUCCGUCGUCCCAUUUCCAAACGAACUGAGAACGCUGGAGGAAAACGCGCGACCCAGAAGAGAAGGAAAGAGAAGAGACGGACGGCGAGAGAGGCGCUCCAGGUCGAGACAGGGGAAACGCGCAGUUGGCGUGCGAUCGGUGAAAGCCGAAGAGGAAGGAACAGUGGACCCGGACGAAAUCGAAGACGUCCCGACUCAGACAGUGCGGACGACGAAGCCGUGUCUGGAGUCUGCAUGGCUCCGAGGCCGGCGCGACCGCAAGAGCGCCUGCAUGUCUUCACCCGAAAAGUCUUUUUCUCUUGGCAGGCCGCAGCCCCCGUCAGAGCGCACCCCACGAAGCGGUGCUGCGGCUUCUUCCUCGUCACCGCGGUUCCUGCAGAACGCAUGUGGAGACGAGUCUCCAGAGGAGCCGCGCGGAAACGGCCGAGUGUCAAGUGGAGCGCCGGUUUCGCGGGAAGACCGCGGUCCCGCUGCAGCGGCCGUGGUAAGGCACCAGACGCCUGAGCGGUUGUGUCUGGCAGCAGCGCGUGUGGAAGGCGACGAGGCGCAUGCAAGUAGCGAACGAGACCAACAGCUCGCGCUGUGCAAACUCGAGAACUCGGGAGAAGGUGUACACGCGAGGAGCUCCGGGAGUUUGCGGACGCGCAGGUGGACCGGCAGCUCUUGCGACACUGGGGGAUACGCCAAAGACGAGACACAGAUUCUGAACGCAAACCUCUUAGCCGUCAAGAAGGAAAGAAGGUUACGGUGGACGGCGGAGGAAACGCAAAUAUUCGUUCGCGGAGUGAACGAAUAUGGAGUGGGCAACUGGAAACGCAUUUCUCGACACUACGGACACCUUCUAGGGUGCAGAACAAACAUGCAACUGAAAGAUAAAUGGCUAAACCUAGUAAAACAUAACCACGUGGUAUCAGAUACACACUCUGACACUUGGUCACUGCGAGACCUUUCUUGAAGAGUCCGCAGUUCCUUUGCUCUCCGUAAAUGCGGGUCGCUUUGAACUCGCCGAAACGGUCGUAUCAUUCCCUCUGUCGCUGAGCUGAAAACAUACACACUUUUCUUUGGCCUCUUCAGUAUUCCACAGUCCAGCCCUGACCUCUUGUGUUUUUCUCGGGGGACUUUGCUUCUCCCGAGUGCUGCGGCUGCGGACCGAAGCCGACGGUUUUUGUGGCGACUCUUCCCCACUAUCAAAAGCGACUGACAGUUUUGUCGGGAUUUCGGAGUAAACGGUCACAAAACUCCGCGCCGAUCCGAACGAUGGUUCAUUCUCCUUGGUUCGCGAGACUUGCACAGGAAGACUAACGACAACAUUUUGUGCUCUCUGUCGUGCGGCGCAGCUGUUUGUGGUGGU